AUGGUUUUUCCGCUUCUCACAGCUGCUCUUUCUACACCCCCGGAUAUCUGGUGCCAAACCGUCGCCCGUUUCCUUAUUUCUUUGAUAAUAGAGUUGUCUAUCUUUGUGGCAUCGAUUGUACAAGUUCGUGAAGAAGGCUGGACGAGUGGAAUGAGGGAAAGCGGCUCGAUCGACAAAAAAGAAGAGUAG